CCAGGCGCAAAAACCACAGGAAUGGACUGUUUUCACUAAUGACUUGCAGUCUACGAAAGCCACUUGGAAGAUUUAGACCUACAAACAACUAAGAGCUCUGGCAAAUACAUGCCUCAAGAAGUCCACAUGGAGCCUCCUCUUCAUGACAUUGAGGCCAACAGUGAUGUUCCACGCGAACCAUUUGCGCUCCUAAACAGGUACGGGAAUAAACUGAAGCGUUUGAAUCGUCUCCAAUCAGAAGAAAGAAACAGCUUGAGUUCGAAAUCUCAGCCUCUUUGCUGUAACCAUCAUGGAUAUGGCUGAAAUAGUAGUAUCUCAGUCCACUUAUGAAAAAAGAGGUGAUGUUUACAAACUUGUGGAAUCUGAUUAUGCUGAGCAUUUGAAGCGCGUCUUAUGGCUGCUCGAUGCUUCUGAAAAGCUCGCCAAACGACACUAUGAUGAGGCCGAGGAGCUGCUUGUGCUAGCCCUCUCGGGCUCUCUUGAAGGUCACCCUAUUGAAACAGUUCUCACACUCUCUGGUAAAUAUCUAAGGGAAAGGAUUUAUGUGGGGAGAGGAAGGAUCGAUCUUGAGAGGGAGGUCGAACACGUGGAUAUCGACCAAGCAGUGAUGGAUCUCAAAGUUAAUGUGGUCGAAAUUGAACAGAAACUCCCCUCCAGCCAGAUCUCAAAUUUCACUGGGGUUCAGACCAUUCUUGACUCUGUUGCAGCAGCUGAGAGAAUUCAUUUCAUUGAUUUUGGGCCAAAGUUUGGGUCGUAUUGGAUACUAGUGAUGGAUGCUCUAGCCAGACGAGGUGUGAAGCAGCUCAAGAUCAGUGCUGUAUGCUCAGCUACAGAUAGUGUUGAAGAAACAGGCAAUUUGCUGUCAUCUUUUGCAGAGUCCAUGAACUUGCCUUUCGUGUUGACGAUUCUGCAUCUGGAGACGAGGGAGUUUGAGAAGGAUCGUCUGCAGUUGGAAGCUGGUGAAACAGUGGCCGUUUUCAUGGAGUUCUGUCUCAUACGAUUAUCAGAUCACCCCAAGGGUAUUGGAGCUUUACUAAGAGGGAUCAAGGACCUCAACCCUCUCGUUUUGAUAAUUGUUGAUGUGGAGACAGAUAUCAAUGCAGUGGAUUUUGCUCCUCGGUUCAAGGAGGCGCUCCUCCUCAUGUGUGCCUUGGUUGACAGCCUAGAGGCCUGUCUGGGACGGGAGAACCAGUACAGAAAGAUAGUGGAGAAGAUCUACUUUCAGGAGGUGAUCUGCAAUGGCGUUCUGCGUGAAGAUGGUGGCUUUAAGCGAUGUUUUAAGAUUGAUUUGUGGAGGGAAUACUUUGCAGAGUUCGGUCUAGUGGAGACGGAGCUCAGCCAGCCAUCUAUGCAUCAGGAAAGAUUGAUGGUGAAAGGAAGUCCUAGCUGGAGUUCCUGCAUUCUCAAUAUGAACGGGAAAAGUAUGAUUAUUGGCUGGAACGGGAUCCCAAUUCGGUUUGUGUCUGCUUGGAAGUUCAGCAAUGACGAAGGUGAGGAAAAGCUCUGA